AUGGCUAAGAUCGCCGCCGCCGCGCUGUGCCUCGCGGCCCUGGUGGCUGUGGCCGUCGGCCAAGGCGAGGUCGAGCGGCAGAGGCUCAAGGACCUGCAGUGCUGGCAAGAGGUCCAGGAGAGCCCGCUCGAUGCGUGCCGGCAGGUCCUGGACCGGCAGCUAGCCGGCGGCAUGCGCUACGGCGUCGGCCCGUUCCGGUGGGGCACCGGGCUCCGGAUGCGGUGCUGCCAGCAGCUCCAGGACGUGAGCCGCGAGUGCCGCUGCGCUGCCAUCCGGAGCAUGGUCAGGGGCUACGAGGAGACCAUGCCGCCGCUGGGAGGACAGGGCUACUACUACCCCUGCAGCCAGGCAGGAGAGGGAUACGGUUACGGUGAGAGUGGCCAGCGGCAGAUGUAUCCGCCCUGUCGUCCCGGCACCGGAGGAAAAAUCGGCCGCGUGAGGCUUACAAAGUCCCGGCAGUACGCCGCGGGGAUGCCGAUGAUGUGCCGGCUGUCGGAGCCCCAGGAGUGCAACGUCUUCUCCGGCGGCGACCAGUGUACUACUAGGGUAAGAGUGAGUCGGCGCGACGUGCAAGACGCAUGUGCGCGUACAAAUCCUGAAUCAUGUAGCUCUGAGGAAUAA